CCCCAGGCGGAGCGACAGGCGGGGCGGCAGGCGCCGGGCCCCCAGGCGGAGCGACAGGCGGGGCGGCAGGCGCCGGGCCCCCCAGGCGGAGCGGCGGGCGCCGGGCCCCCAGGCGGAGCGACAGGCAUCGGCCCCCAGGCGGGGCGGCAGGCACCGGGCCCCCAGGUGGGGGCGGCAGGCACCAGGCCCCCAGGAGGAGCGACGGGCGCCGGGCCCCCAGGAGGAGCGGCAGGCGCCGGGCCCCCAGGCGGAGCGGCGGGCACCGGGUCAUCAGGCACGACAACGGGCAUCGGGUCACCAGGCAUCAAGUCAUUUGGCUCGCCAGCGGGCACCGCGUCAUCUGGCAAGGCAGUGGGCACCGAGUCACCAGGCACGACAGUGGGUUCCGAGUCAACUGGCAUGACCACGGGCACUGGGUCAGACAUUGGAUCGUCUGGCUUGACAGCGGGCAUCGGGUCACCAGGCAUCAGGCUGGGUAGAAACCUCAUGCUGGUUAGAGGCAUCAGGCUGAAUGGAGGCAUCAGGCUGAAUGGAGGCAUCAGGCUGGGUAGAGGCAUCAGGCUGAAUUGU